AUGCGUGGAUCCGACGAAGAGACGGCCCAAUUCGAGACGUUUAGAGACUGCCUAUCGACCGCCGUCGUCGAGCGCGUGACAAAACCCACGCCGAAACCGAAACGCCGCUCCAAAAAGGCGAACCCGAAGUCCCACGCCGCCACCGGGUCCGAGAAUGGAGCCCCCUCGUACGCCGCGACCGCCGGCGACGGCCCAAUGGAUGCCGACGACAUGAUGGACUUCGCCUCCUACCUCGCCUCCGAGGCCUUCGAGGCCUUCCCCCCGGACCUCCGGACCCUCACCCACACCGCCUACACCGCCGACCCGUCCUUGCGGUCCCGCUACGCCCCACCCCUCACGGGCUCCGACGUCGCCGACAUCCUGCCGACCCUGUCCCCCGACGUCGCUGACUCGCUGGCGGCGUACGGCAUCGUCGACCCGGACAGGCAGGGCGCGCACGAGUUCCUGGCGCCUGUGCUGGGCGAGUACGUCACGGCCCUGACCGCCGCCCCGCCGCCGCCCCGGUCGACGCGGGAGCAGGCCGAGGGGUGUGAGCUGUGCGGUCGGGAUUGGAUUAAUUUGACGUACCACCACCUCAUCCCGCGCAUGGUCCACGCCAAGGCCGUCAAGCGCGGCUGGCGCCGCGAGGACGAGCUCAACAACGUCGCCUGGCUGUGCCGCCUGUGCCACUCCUUUGUGCACCGGUUCGCCGGCCACGAGGACCUCGCGCGGCACUACCACACCGUCGAGCUCUUGCUGGCGCAGGACGAGGUCGUCAGGUUCGCGCAGUACGCCAGCCGGGUGAGGUGGAAGGGGAGGUAA